AUGGCAGACACCGCCACCACCAACGACGCCGACGCUGCCGCCCAGCGAGCCGCCGAACAGGCGCGCCUUCGCAAGGAGCGCCGCGAAGCAAAGAUCAAGGCGGGAGGAUCCGCGAGACUGGAGAAAAUCACCGGUGUGGGCGGUCGCGUCACUGGAGAUUCAACACCCGUCAUCUCUCCGUCUGCUCCCGCCACCCUCUCCCAAGCCGCCCUUUCGAACCAACACCACCUGGAUCCCGCCGAAGUCGACAUCUCGGAGCACUUCUUCGCCCCAAAGAAGUCGUCCCGCAAGACGCUCGAUGGCGUCUUCUCGCCCAGCCCCGAGCCGUCGCUGUCCGAGGCGCAGCUGCGCCAGAUGAUGCUCGGCUUCGACCGCCCCGAGCAAGCUGCUGCCGGAGGAGGAGGAGGAGGAGGACCUGCCCUGCCGCCCGGCAUGGAGGACGACCCCAUCAUGAAGAUGAUGUCGCAGAUGAUGUCCGGCGGCUCGAUCCCCGGCUUCGGCGGCGCCGACGGCGUCCCCAACCCCUUCGCCAACAUGAACCUGCCGCAGCAGCAGGCCGCCGUCCAGCUCCCCAAGCAGGCCUCCCUGUCCCUCUGGCGCCUCAUCCACGCCCUCGUCGCCCUCGGCCUGGGCUUCUUCUUCGUCCUCACGACAAACUUCCACGGCAGCAAGCUCGAGCGCGAGCGCGUCGCCCUGGCGUUCGACCAGAAAGAGGACGUGGACGCCGAGACGGAGAGGCGCAAGAGCUUGUUCUUCUGGACGUUUGCCACGGCCGAGGUCUUGCUGCUGUCGACCCGCUUCUUCCUCGACAAGAGGAGUACCAAUGCUUCGGGAUUCGUCGCCACCGCCAUCUCGUACUUGCCGCAGCCGUACCGCGGAUAUGUUGAGGUUGGACAACGAUACGUGCAAAUCUUCUCUGCUGUGAGGACGGACAUUUUGACGUGCAUUUUUGUGCUUGGAGUUGUCUCUUGGUGGUCACAAUGA